AUGGACUACGGCCACCAUGCUGCGACCACAACCACCACGGCGGCCACAACGCCCCGUGCUGGCACCCCAGACAGCGAUCCUAUAGAGAUGGCUCCAGUCAGGAAUCCUUUCUCAUCCCCGUAUGGCUCCAUGCCCGCUUCAGCAAUGGGCUCUUCGAGCGGUUUCCAGGUCGCUCCCGCACCUAGAUACUUCCACUCCCGUCGAAUACAGAAGGGCCAACAGGAGAGACCUUGGCUGGAUCGAAAGGACCCCAAGGAGAAGUGGGUGACCAUCAUUCCACUUAUCGGCAUCUUCAUUGGUCUUGCACUCACCGGUUUCUUGGUUUACGAUGGACUUUCGAGCGUGCAGAACCACGUCUACUGCUCGGUCUUGGAUGACAACUUCUCUCAAGGUAUCAACUCCAAGGUGUGGACUAAGGAAGUCGAGGUCGGUGGUUAUGGCAACGGCCAAUUCGAAUGGACAACCAACACCGACGAGAACGCGUUCGUGCAAGACGGCAUGCUGGUUAUCAAGCCCACAUUGCAAGAUCAGAAGCUCAUGGAAACAAACAAUGUCAUCAACUUGCUCGCAGACGGCUCAUGCUCGACCAAGAACUGGCUCGACUGUGUUGCCGUGACCAAUAUCACGAACGGCACCGUUGUCAACCCAGUCAAGUCCGCCCGUCUCAGCACCAAGCUUGGCGCAAGCAUCAGAUACGGCCGUGUUGAAGUCGAAGCCCAGCUUCCAGCUGGCGACUGGCUUUGGCCCGCCAUCUGGAUGUUGCCUAACAAUGACACCUACGGACCGUGGCCCACGUCAGGCGAGAUCGAUAUCAUGGAGUCUCGCGGCAACAACUACACCUACCCACAAGGUGGUGACAACAUCGUCUCCUCCACUCUUCACUGGGGUCCCGACUCCAGCAACGAUGGCUGGUACCAGAACAACGUCAAGCGCGAAGCUCUGCACACGACCUUCGCCAAGGGCUUCCACACCUAUGGUCUCGAAUGGUCGGAGAAGUAUCUCUUCACUUACAUCGACACCCGCCUUUUACAAGUCGCCUACGUCAACUUUAACAAGCCGUUCUGGCAGAAGGGUAACUUCCCUCCCUCUGACGCCAAUGGCACCCGUCUCGUCGAUCCGUGGAGCCAGACUGGUGAAGACUCCACACCGUUCGACCAGGACUUCUAUCUCAUCCUCAACGUCGCUGUAGGCGGCACUAACGGGUGGUUCGAGGAUGGUGUUGAGGGCAAGCCGUGGGUCGAUGCCUCACCUACUGCCAAGCGCGAUUUCUGGAACGCCAGGAAUCAGUGGUACCCGACCUGGCAGAAGCAAGGCGCUGGCGAGAUGCAAGUCAAGAGUGUCAAGAUGUGGCAGCAGAAGGGCUACAAUGGCUGCUAG